AUGCGCCGGCCAAGCCGCACCAGGCGCCGCUCCUGGAUUCACUCUGGCUCCUGUGCCACCGCGCCCACACGCCCGGCGCCCGCCACAGCCGUCCGAGCCGCGCCCCCUCGCACGCCUGGGCCACCUGCGUGCUGCCUGCAGAGCGCCCGCGCGCCAGCCUCCGCGCCUACGGCCGCCCCGCCUGCGCGCGCCCCGCCUGGGCUCGCCUGCUCCCGCGCGCUGCGCCCGCGCCGUCCUGGGCCCGCCUCGCUCCGCAUCCGUGCGCAGCGCCGCGCCGUCCUCGGCCCGCUCGCCCGCGCGCUUGACCCGAGCCGCACCGCUCGCCCCCGCUUGCGCCACUGCCAGCUGGGCCGCGCUGCCUCCCGCGAUGCCCGCGCGCGCGCCUGGCUCCUGCAGCCGCGCGUCCGCGCGCCGCCAGCCUGCUGCAGCCGCCCGCACGUCCAGUACCAGCUCGGCGCCUGA